AUGGAUAGAAUUGUGGGGACAUGUAAGCGCCCAUCAUUCAUUCAUUGUCAAGCAAAAGUCUUGCUAGUUCUAUUGGCAAUGAUCCCGAUUGGUAAUGAAGAUCCAUGGAAUCAAAUGAAUCGAUCUUUCAUCUUUCUCAUGUUAACUAGCAUUAUCGCUACAGCCUUGGGACUAAAAGCUCCUGAAAUUACUGUUCAACCGAUCGAUUAUGUUGAUGCACUCGCAAUAUCACGCACACAUGAUGAAGGAGUAAUUGUACCUUGUGCCGCUACUGGUGAUGGAACAAUUACCUAUGCAUGGAGACAUAAUGAUCAAAAUCUCCAAUUCGACAACCGUAUUAAAUUAUCUGGUGGUAAUUUAACAUUUUCCGGAAUUGUGUUAGCGGAUGCGGGCCAGUAUGUCUGCUUAGCUACCAAUGCCUUUGGUACCAGUAUCAGCCGUGAAGCCACUUUACAAAUUCGAUUUUUACCUUUUAUGCCUGGUGUUUCUGAAAAAUUUUAUCGCAAAAUUAACCAAAAUGCUAGAUUGCAUUGUCAAAUCCCAUCUGAAACAUCACCAAGACCCGAUCUAAUUUAUUGGACUAUGGCUGAUAAUUCUGUUAUUGCUCAAAGUGAACGUGUUGCACUAAGUAUAUAUGCAGGAGAUUUAAUAUUUAUAUCAGGUUGGAAGAAUAAUACUGGGACUUAUCGUUGCAAUACCAUAUUUAAUGUAUUCGAUCCUAAGAGUAGCUCGUCAUCAGAAACUCGAAACACGGGUGGUGAACAAUACUUGAAUUUUACUAUUAAUGCUGUUCCAGCGGUUGCUCCUUCAAUCAUAGUCCCACCGAAUGAUACUAUAGCUAAUCUUAACCAAAAACGAGUUAUAUUAGAAUGCAUUGCAGUCGGUUAUCCUAUACCAACAAUCAUAUGGCAAAAAAGUACAGGCACACUCCCUAUUAAUCGUUAUUCAUUUGAACAAUAUGGUCGCCAUCUCGUCCUAAAAGACAUUGCAGAAGUCGAUGAUGGUGUCUAUCAGUGCACAGCCAUUUCUGGUGGUAGUCAAGUAACAGCAAGUGCUCGACUUAAGGUUCAUGUUGAUCCUAAAUGGAUAACCGCUAUAAGUGAUACGGAUCAACCUGUCGAAUCAGAUUUUAAUUGGCCUUGCGUCGCUAGUGGAUCUACCGUUGGUUAUAGGUGGUAUAUGAAUGGUCAACGCAUUGUCCAAAGUACCAAAUACAUUCUCAAUGCGAAUGGCUCAUUGACCAUACGUAGUCUUGUUAGAGGAGAUACCAAAGUCUAUUCUUGUCUAGCUUAUAAUGAGCAUUCCAAUAUAGUAUCAUCGGGCUGGCUGAAUGUUACCGUAGCAGCGCCCAAAUUUGUUGAAGUCCCAUAUACACAAACGACAUUAUUUCGAGGACAAAGUUCUACCAUCCGUUGUACUGUUACCGGAGGUCCGAGGCCUGACAUGACUUAUACUAAAGACGGAGGAUUUGUUGAUAAAUUAUUGUACAACAAAUAUACCGUUAAACCGAAUGGAAAUUUAGUGAUACACAAUGUAGUAGAUAGUGAUGCUGGAGAAUAUAAGUGUACAGCUACCAAUCGGUAUGGAACAACCGACGCUACUGGUACAGCCGUUGUGCUUAGUGCGACCGUCUUUACUAAGCCAUUAGCUGCGACUUUUAUACGCCGACCUAAAAACUUUACUAUUUCUUGUACCGUUCAGAAGGCUGAUAGCUUGAAUGUCGUACUUUAUUGGCAAAGGGAAGGCAAAAAUAUCACUACUAGUAGAGCUACUGUAAGAACCAACGGUUUGACUUCAACAUUAAGUUAUUACAAUAGUACGUUAAGUGAUUCGGGCCAAUUUGCCUGUGUAGCGGCAACUAACGUACCUUAUGUUGGCUACGUAGCUAAUCCAUCGUUAGCAACAUUAACAGUCAAUGACGUACCCAAUCCACCAUUUAAUUUUACUUAUAGCGAAUUGACACGAUCGUCAGUUCUAUUUUCAUGGCUACCUGGUAAUCCUAAUAAUAGCCCAUUGCUAAGAUUUGCAAUUCAUUAUCGCGUCAAUAAUGUUAAUUCAUGGAGAAUAGCAGAAGAUUACAUUCCGGUUUCGGCUACAUUCCGUCGAAUUGCUCUUUCACCGUUUAAUACCUAUCGCUUUAGGAUAGUCGCUGUUAAUGCUGUAGGAGCAAGUCAAGAUAGCACGUAUCAGAUCUUUUCCACACUUGGAGACGUACCUUAUAACGCACCGGGCGAAUUUCGGGUUAGUGGUGUAACCGGCAAUUCUGGGGCCUUGGAUAUCCGCUUUGUACCCUUAUCGCGAGAAGAACAAAAUGACGCAGGUAUUAAUUAUAGGUUAUCUUUUAGACAACAAGGACCCACACAAUCUUGGUCGAAUGUCAAUACUGGUACUACUGGUACAUAUCGUCUAGCAGGUUUAGCUCAAAACACUCGCUAUGAGCUACGAUUGCAACCGUUUAAUAACGCCGGAUUUGGGCGAGCAGCAACCGAGAUUAUCACUGCUACCACAGGUAGCACAGCACCUACGGCGGCUCCUAAAGAUGUUACGGCUUAUCUUACCAGUAUUACUUCAGUUAAGUUAAGAUGGUCUAAAAUUGCAGUAGCAAAAUCGGCGAGAGCAACAGCGGUCGGAUACCGAAUUUCUUUUUGGACAUAUGAUAAUUCUGUCGCUACUACCCGUACUUUCGGUGAUGUUGCGGAAGCUUCAAUAAAUGAUUUAAGACGUUAUAUGACCUAUAACUUCAGGAUAAAUGCAUUUACUGAAGGUGGAGACGGUCCUUUCUCACCGACAGUUUCUAAAUACAUCCAUUUACCAGUACCAGAUGAAGUUACCAAUUUAGUUGCAUCGGAACCGGUCAGAAGCCAAGUGGUAGUGCAAUGGAUCGCACCUAGUGCCUCUAAUGGUGCUAUUACACAUUAUAAAGUGAAUUAUACCGUCUUAACUGUCGAGGGUCUCCCUGGUUCAUAUACUGCUAACACAACUGCUGGAAGCGAGACUCUAUUUACCUUUUACAAUAUGAAGACUGGUGUUUAUCGAUUCACGGUGACACCACAAAAUGCUAACGGGUAUGGAGUUCCAACAACAGUUCAGUUCCAGGUUAAUGGGAUUGGUCCAGAGCAACCACAAAAUUUAAAAGCAACGGAAGUGACACAAACUACUGUUAGCUUUCAAUGGGAAGCCACUGAGAAUCCAACCGAAGGAUUUGUCGUUCAACACAAGCUGUUAGCUUCGAAUGAUCCUCAUCAAAAUACUUCCUCUUUACUUAGUCCAACAGUUCGUGCCUUUACAGCAAGUGAUUUGAAAGCAUCGACAACUUAUGCAUUCCACAUUGUUGCUGUAGGUGGAAAUAUAAUCAGUGUGCCAAGUAAUCAGGUUAACGUGACGACAAGGUCAGUGGUAGCAGAGCAAAAGCCGUUUUAUGAAGAAAUUUGGUUUAUCGCUUUAGUUAGUUCAGUAGGUGGACUGCUAGUGAUCUUAAUUCUGGUAUGCUUUGUUCGAUCUGGUCGAAAGAGGAAUACAAUGAAGUCUACUGGCCGCUACGUAACUCCUCAUGAGCAAGAAAAGAAGCCUGAUGUUCCUCCACUGCCAGCUGAUGAACCUGAGGAAGAAGUCAAGAGACCACCUUUGCCUGAAGAAAGUCAUUAUGCAGACGAUCAUUUUCGACAUAGCGAUGUCGACAUGGACAGUCUGGAUAGUAUGGAUCAAUACGCAGACUUACCUCAGUUAUCCAAAUUUAAUGAAGAUGGUUCUUUCAUUGGUGAAUAUGGUGAAUUGAAAGCUGCAAGAAGUAACGUCGAUGUUAACUCGUUUAUGGGUGAUUAUAGCGAUGUACGGUAUGACGGAGCAGCUUCUUAUCAUGGUAACAACAGCUAUGCUCCUACAUUACGAAGUAGCCGUCCUGGAAGUCCGGCUAGUACUAUUAACCCCAAUAAUUCUGCAUUUUCCACCUUUGUUUAA